CAGCCAGCAGGCGAGCAGUGUAGCCGUCAGUACGAGCCAAGUUGUGAAAUCGUUCGGAUCGUUCGGGAAGAACGCAAACGCUGCAGUGCCCGUCCGUUGCGUUGGUCGCAGUUUUUUCUGGCUUUGAGUUGCCUUCGUGUGUGUGUGUGCGAGUGUGGUGUGUUGUGCAGUGGUGCGCGCCCUGUGUUCAACCUUGGAUGCACCAGUGGAAUAGGUGUGCUUAGAGAGCAGCCGCCCGCUUCUUCCUCCUCAAUCGUCAUCGCUCAAGAGAGCCAACGCAGAUCUUGUUUUCUGCCGUUGUCGCCGUCAUACUAGGAGUGUGUGGCUGUGCCAUAAGGCAAAUUGAUGAUCCAAAAACAACCAAUUCAACGUGACACGACCAAACUCGAGACUUAACACUUUCGUCAAUAUCCCUCGGAUACUGUAAGGCAUAAAUCAACCUUCGGUAGAAAGAAGGCACAUCAGCCUACUCAAAGAGUAAAAAAGAAAAGAAAUAGGUUGCCAACCAACGGCCAAACAAGUUAUACUGUGCUCUCCACAAGGAAGUGUGGAAGAAACAUCGCUUUCUUCUAUGUUUUCUACCGCGAGGAAGGAUCAACGGAGCAGCCACCGUCGUCGCAUAAAUCUGUAGUAGCUGCUACGACAAGGAAAAACAAAUCCUCGUUCGUCGACUGGACACACGAACAUCGUGCGCGAUCUGUAUUUUAAGUGCGGUUCAUUAAUUUUUCGGCUUGUCUUCUUAGUGUCGAGGGGCGCGCAGGCGGUGUUGCAAAUCGAUCGAAUCGAAAUUCAUCAGUAGCAAUAACGAAGUGUGUAUAUUGGACUGUAGAAGCUUACGAAACGGACUGAUCCCCACUACAGCACAGUAGCAGUAGCAGCAGGAAAGCAUUCUCUCGUAUACACUGUACACAAUCUAUUGGGAGAGUCCUGUUACAUCCAAGUAACCAUUUCACAGCGAGUGAAAGGAAAUUCAUAGUGAACAAAUCUUGCUUGAGGAGAGGAGCAGUGCUGUGCUUGUGGAUGCGUGUAUCGUUGCUCAAAACCCCGUGUGUGCGUGCACUGUGUUGAGGUCAAAAUUGCGCCUUCAAUCAUUAGCGGACGACGGAGGAGUAGCUGCUAGCCGGAGCGGUACAGGAUUACACAUACACCGUAAAACAACCGUGUGCGUGUGUGAGUGUGUGUGUGUGAAGAACCGAGGGCGAGAGCUUAGAGCAGUUGGUGAGUGGACAGGGGAGGAUGGAGCGCGAAUCAAAUGCAAUGCAGCCGAUGUGUAGAUCUGGAUGUGGUUUCUACGGUAAUCCGGCACAGGAUGGAUUAUGUUCAGUUUGCUACAAAGACGUGCUCAGAAAGAAGCAACAGCCACCGGUUAGCAGUACGCCUUCCAGCAACAAUGCACCUCAAGCACCUCCAUCUGGCCAGUCGGUAACAGCGUCCUCAGUUAGCAUCCGUCCUGUCGUGACGCCGCAAAGCUUCGCCAGCAGCAUCGCUAGUAGCAACACAACAACCACAUCAGCCUCCUCUGCAUCAGCGUCGGCCGCGUCACCAUCGGCGUCGUCCUGUGCCGCUUCCGCCAACAAUCCGGUAGUGUCCGCUACCUACACAGCACAACCGACCGUGCAUAGUGCCCUGUUCUGCUCGGACAAGGAUGAUGAAUGUUUACCCGAAGAAAAGUGUCAUACAAUUGCCUUCGGCGAUAGCGUGUCCGAAGAGGAAGAGCAGGAGGAUGAGAAUGAUGACGAAGAAGAAGAAGAAGAAAUAGUUUGUUACGAGAUUGAUCUGAUUGAUGAUUCUGGUCCGAUUGAUAAUGUGCUUCACCUUGCCAAGCAGCAGGAAGUGACCCACGAUAACGAACAGCAGCUGGUCGUUAUUAUGGAGAAUUUAAGCGAUGAAGACGAUGAAUCAGUGUCGCUUGAUCAUUUUAAUGUAUCGUUUGAUUAUGAAUCAAAAACAUUUGAAGAUUCCGCGAGUUGUUCCGCUCGUGUAAUGAUUUCGAAAAGUUUGGAGGCUGAGAAAGUAUCCAAUCUUGACGGCCCAGCUCGUAGUCAGACGAACGCUAAAAAACGGGUAAACAAAAUAACCAAUGAACCCUAUAGUAGUGUCGAUAGCAAUCCGAGGAGGUUCCGUCUUGUUUCUAAAAUUAGCGCUGAUGACAGCGGUAGCCUUGGUGGACAUAGUAAUAACAGUUCCAUAGCCGAUAACGAAGACAAAGAUGGUGAUAAGGAAGAUGCCAAGAAAAAGAAGAACCGUUGUGCAACUUGCCGCAAGAAAGUAGGAUUAACCGGUUUCGAGUGCCGGUGCGGAGGACUGUUCUGCGCGAUACAUCGAUACAGUGACAAGCACGAAUGUUCGUUCGAUUACCGAGAACUCGGUGCUGCAGAAAUUAGGCGUAACAAUCCCGUCGUGGUUGGCGAAAAGAUUCAGAAAAUUUGAACACCCUUCGUGCCAUCGUAUCGUAAUAGUUCUUCACAUACUGUGCAGCAGCUUCGUCAAGCAGCAGCGGCACCGGUCACCAACAUCGUUACAGUCACUCCACCACCACUUAUAA